AUGGCAUACAUAACGUUAAUGAUCUUCUUCAGUCUUACUAAAUAUGAGGAUGUCGUUGAGGUACACCAAUGCAAACUUAUCAAGGCAGUCACCCAAUACUCGGUUCAUCAAGCUUUGGAAAGUCGGGGGUGCAUUGGUCAAUUCAAAAGGGAGAACAAGGAAUUCGUAUUGGCCAUAACGAGUGUUAAAUGCAGACUUUGGGACAUCACUGGGGUAGAUUUUCACUUGAUGAUAGCCACUUUUAAGGUCAAGGCUGGUGAAAUGGGCGGAUCCAUGGAGUCUUUCCAAGCAUUCAUCGAUUCGUGGUAA